CUGCGUCAUCGCCGUUGUGAACGGGUCCGGUGUUGGAGGGGGUUUGGGGACGGGAGAACCUGAGCGGUGUUUCGCCGAGCUCAGGCGAUCAGACAGCGACAGACCGACGACCACCAUGCGCUGGUUCAACGGCAGCAUUCCAGACGCCAUCGCCUUCGCCAAGCAACAGAACGCGGUUUUUAUUGUUUUUAUUCGAGGGGAUGAUGAACAGUCAGCACGGAUGGCUGCAAGUUGGGAGGCUGAAGAAGUAGCAGAUGCAACUGCAAACUCUUUUGUUGCUAUUAAAAUUGAUGCUAAAAGUGAAACAUGUGUGCAGUUUUCUCAAAUCUAUCCUGUGGUGUGCAUUCCAUCAAGCUUUUUUAUAGGAGACAAUGGAAUCCCAUUGGAAGUUAUUGCUGGAAGUGUGACUGCAGUGGAACUAGUAACGCGAAUUCAGAAAGUUAAGGAAAUGCAUAGACAAAAGAAUGUAGCAGCAGCAGCAGCAGGUGACAACCAAGAAAACCAUGUAGGUCAAAACCAGGCUUCAACAAGUGAAGCUUCAGGAACUACUGAACCAAAUGAGCCACAAGUAUCUGAUUUGAAAACAACUGAAACAUUACCAGCAACAGCAUCCCAAGUAAGACCCAAAGAAUCGCCUUCUAAAAUGUCUACACAUCCAGACCAUUCCGAUCAUGCUGACCCAUCUGGAAGAUGCUGUGUUGAUGAAUGUUCUGUUCCUCCUCAAACCGAGGAAGACCUUAAUAUCCGAGUUGAAAGGCUCACUAAGAAACUUGAAGAGCAGAGAGAGCAGAAAAAGGAGGAUGAAUUAGCGAAUGAAAUUAAAGUUGAAAUUGAGCGUAGGAAAGUUGGCAAGGAAAUGGUGGAAUUCAAAAGAAAACAAGAGGAAGACAGGACAAAAAGAAUGCUUGAGGAACGAAGCCGAGAUAAAGAAGAAGAGCGUUUAGCACGAGAAAGAAUAAGACAGCAGAUUGCAUUGGACCGUGCAGAGAGAGCUGCACGCUAUGCAAAGACAAAAGAAGAAGCUGAAGCGGCCAAAAGAGCAGCUGAGAUGCAGAGGCAGGCCAAUGAAGAAGCAAGGAGCAAAAAGGAAAGAAGCAAUAUGUGCCGAAUCCAGUUUCGACUCCCUGACGGAUCUUCCUUUACAAACCAAUUCUCAGCAGAAGCCACUUUAUUAGAAGCAAGACAAUUUGCAGAAUCGCAAGUUGGUGGUAUUUAUGGACACUUUGAAUUGGCAAUAACUUUUCCAAGGAAGCAAUUUACAAAGGACGAUUACAGCAAAACACUGACUGAGCUGGAGUUGGUACCAAGUGCCUCAAUCAUCCUAGUCCCAGGCGGACGGUCAACUUCAUCAAUGAUCCGAUCCUCGGAAGGAGGAUUGUGGGCUUUCUUGAACACAUUAUUUUACCCAGUUAUUGCAAUUUGGAGGUUUCUCAGCAAUUAUUUGUUCGCUAGCGAUUCCACACAUCGGUCAUCCAGAAUAAAUACUUCUCCAUCAAACCCAGAAAGUUUGAGAGCGGCACCUUCUAAUUCAUCCGACGCAGACAGGGAAGUAAGAAGGAGGAGAUUACUUGAAAGACGCGGGGAGGACUUUAAGAGGGAGGGAAGGAUUUACAGACUGCGGACAGAGGAUGAUGCCGAUGAUGAUGAUAACAAUACAUGGAAUGGCAAUUCUACUCAACAAAUGUAGCUUAUACCCCUUAUUAAAGUAGAAACAGUUGAACUUUAUUUUGCUUUAAAGUUAUACAAGUAUACUUCCAUUUUAAAAAAUGAGAAACUGGACAGAGGAUGUGUUUUGUACUGUUAAUUUCCUGCUCUGCAUGGAUUUCUAUGAUUAUUCUAAUUCUGGGGUGGGGGAAGCAAUAAUUGCUACAAUGAGAAUGUGCAGAAAAAUCACUUUAAGCAAGUUCCAAAUUAUGUUUCCAAACACCUUUUGCAGUAAUAUGUAUUUUAAGUUCCGUGUUUUAAGUUUAUCCAUUCCCUGCCCUGUAUGACAUGUUAGCUGGACACCAUCCAGUUUCUGGUCCUAUUAAUUUAAAACUGAUAAUAAAAUGUUUUCAAAAAAUGA